UACCCUCCUGACCACUCCCCUCACCCCGGGCCCCCCUCUGGGUUCCAGCCUGCUGGGGUGCCCCACCGGCGGUAACCCAGGGGACCCCCUAGGCAUCAUGGGCCGCUAUAGCUCCCAGAGUCUCCUGGACUGGCUGUACGGGGGCGUGGACCCCAGCUUUGCAGGCAAUGGGGGCCCCGACUGCGCGGCCUUCCUCUCUGGGCAGCAGCGGCUGCUGGAGAGUGUGGUGGCCCUGAGCCUGUCCCUGUUGGAGAUCCUGGUGGCCCUGCGACACAUCCUGAGGCAGACGAAGGAGGACAGUCAGGGGGGCCAGCCAGAGAGGCCCCCACGGCCAGACGAAGGCAAGGAGAGCCUGAGCAAGAAUCUGCUCUUAGUAGUGCUGUGCCUCACCUUCGGGGUCGAGGUGGGCUUUAAGUUCGCCACCAAGACACUCAUCUACCUGCUCAACCCUUGUCACCUGGUCACCAUGAUGCAUAUCUUUCUCCUGGCCUGCCCACCAUGUCCCAGCGUUACUGUUAUUUUCAGGCUUCAGAUGCACAUGUUGAAUGGAGCGCUUCUGGCCCUGCUGUUUCCAGUGGUAAAUACACGGCUGCUCCCCUUUGAAUUGGAGGUCUACUACAUCCAACAUGUUUUGCUGUACGUGGUUCCCAUCUACCUGCUGUGGAAAGGAGGUGCUUACACCCCAGAGCCCCUCCGCAGUUUCCAGUGGGCCCUUCUCUCCACUGGCCUCAUGUUCUUUUAUCACUUCACCGUCUUGCAGAUCUUGGGCCUGGUCACCGAAGUGAAUUUGAACAACAUGCUGUGUCCGGCCAUCUCAGACCCAUUCUACGGCCCCUGGUAUCGCAUCUGGGCCUCGGGACACCAGACUCUCAUGACUCUGACCCACGGGAAGCUGGUCAUGCUGUUCACAUACAUGGCUGGGCCCUUGUGUAAAUCUCUGCUAGAUUUGCUCCGGCUUCCAGCCAAGAAAAUAGACUGAAGGUGCUUGUGUUGUCGGUUUUAUUUUCUCUCCUCGAGGAAACAAGCCCUGACUUGUGUGGGACAACACCCAGCUCUUGAUGAAAUCAUGGAAGAGGCCA